AUGGCUAUCAUCAAGGCCCAUGACGGGACGUCCGAUCCCAUUGUCACCCGCUUGGUCGCCGAGGACCAUAUGCCGUGGUACAAGAAGCCCAACUUGCGGCUCAUGUACGUGUGGCUAUUCCUAUGCUGCAUGGGCGUCGAGAUGACGUCUGGUUUCGACUCACAGCUCAUCAACACGCUGCAAUUUUCACAGCCCUUCAAUAAGUACUUUGGCGCCGGAUAUACAGAUGAAGACGGCGACUGGGCUAUCGAGCCGUCCCUCCUAGGAUUCAUCUCGUCCAGUUACCAGCUUGGCUCCAUUUUUGCCGUCCCUAUCGCCCCGUGGUUCAACAAUCGCUUCGGCAGACGUUGGUCUAUCAUGACUGGCUCCAUUAUCAUGUGUAUUGGAGCCAUAAUUCAGGGGUUCUCUCAACACGUGGCCAUGUAUAUCAUUGCCCGCAUCAUUCUCGGAAUCGGCAUCCUCUUCGCCAUCAUCUCGGGAUCCUCGUUGAUUGGAGAACUUGGGCAUCCCAAAGAGCGAGCCGUACUUACCUCCCUUUUCAACUCGUCCUACUUCGUAGGGUCCAUCCUCGCGGCCGCCAUUUCCAUCGGGACGGUGAACAUUGUAGGUGACUGGAGCUGGAGAGUCCCGUCUCUGUUGCAGCUGUGCCCCUCGGUUUUGCAGAUCUGCACCAUCUUUCUCCUCCCCGAGAGUCCCCGUUGGCUCGUGAGCAAGGAUCGAGACGACGAGGCGUUUGCUGUGCUGACAAAGUACCACGCCGAGGGCGACACAAACUCCCUCAUUGUGCAAGCCGAAAUGGCCCAGAUCAAGUCCACUAUCAAGCUCGAGAUGGAGGUCUCCAGGCAGUCCUGGAUGACGAUGAUCAAUACUUCAGGAAUGCGACGCCGUGUUCUCAUUGCCACCUUUCUCGGUCUCUUCACCCAGAUGUCGGGCAACACCCUCCUGUCCUACUACACAAACUUGAUCUUCGGCAUGAUGGGAUUCACCAGCAGCUACGCCAAGACGAGGAUCAACAUCGCCAACCAGUGCUGGUCCCUCCUCAAUGGCACCAUUAUUGCGAUUUACGUCACCCGCUUCCGUCGUCGCGUCGCCUUCAUGACGUCGUCGCUCUGCAUGCUCUCCUGCUUCAUUGCUAUGACGGUCGCCUUUCAUAGCCUGAGUGUCGCCGACGAUGCUGGGUACGAGAACAAAUCGGCCAGUUACGCGGCAUUGGUCUUCUAUUUUGCUUACUCGCCCACCUACGCCAUUGGAAACAAUGCCUUGACAUACACCUACCUGGUCGAGCUUUUCCCCUAUGCUGUCCGAUCCCGCGGCAUCGGAAUCGAGCAGAUCUUCGGUAAAUGCGGAGGCUUCUUCUCCAAUUUCGUCAACCCCAUCGCCAUGGACGCCAUCGGCUGGAAGUACUUCGCCGCCUACUGCGCCUGGAUAUUUUUCGAGUUCUGUUUCCAGUUCAUCUUUUAUCCCGAGACUGGGGGUCGUACCCUCGAGGAGUUGGCUUUCCUGUUCGAGGACAAGGAACUCGCCGACCGCGCCGUCGAGGCCGUCGAGAAACAGAUUCAUCACGAGGACAACCCUGCCGCCCGUGUGGUCAGUACCGAGGAGCACCAUCCUCGUUCCAAAGAAGUGUAG